UCCGCUUUGAAGACCUCAAAAUGAAAGAAAACGUUAAACAGAAGCCUAAACCCCAGGGCAUGUUACCGUUCUGGUUUAAUAAUUUCAUCAUGCCUCACCAGACUGCAGCCUCAUCUAGCGCCAACCCAACCCACGUGAGCCGAAAUAAUGAGAAUUCUUCCGCAAUAUCGGAUUUGGAAGAUAAAGCAGAGUACGCGGGCACGACCAUUGGAGAGUAUCAUACGCAAACGGUAGUUAUCAAGCGACUCAGGAAAAGAAGCGUUCAACUGACAAGAGACGUUUUGAUAGAACUAAAACAGGUACGAGAUUUGAGUCACGAGAAUCUCAACCCAUUCAUUGGGGCGUGCAUUGAGUCACCAAACAUCCUUCUUGUGUGGUCCUACUGCAAGAAAGGAAGCCUACAGAACAGUCCAGUCAAACUUCAUGGUAACCUCGCCUCAUGGAACUGUAUGAUUGACAGCCACUGGGUGGUGAGCAUAACAGACUGGGGACUGCAUGAUUUUAAGGAAGGCGAGGAUAAGGUGGACUGUGAUGUAACAAAGAUGUAUGCAGAUCUGUUAUGGACAGCACCAGAACACAUAAAUCUAAGCAAGGUGGAGAGAGAAGGCUUGUCACAGAAAGCUGACGUCUACAGUUAUGGAAUUAUCUUACAGGAAAUUGCUACUCGCUCAAAACCCUUCAUUGAUUGUCCUCUUGGACCUAAAGAAAUUAUCCAUCGUAUCAUGGGGCAUGACGACCCUCCAUUCCGCCCAGACCUGACCUCGGUGGAAGUGAGGCCCGAGUUCGUUGAUUUGAUGGUCGACUGUUGGAGUGAUGAUCCCGAAGAAAGGCCGCAUUUUUUUCGCAUCGUAGAUCGCCUCAAGAAAAUUAGCGGCAGGGGAUCAAACAUUGCAGAAAAUAUGGUGUCUAUGAUGGAAAAGCACGCCAAUCAUUUGGAGCGACUUGUGGACGAGCGAACAAGACAACUGAACGAAGAGAAAGAACGAACCGAGAAGCUGCUUAAUCGUCUUCUUCCACCGAUGGUCGCCGAACAAUUGAAGACACGCAGCUCAGUCCAAGCUCAGGAGUUUGAAGAAGUCACCAUAUUCUUUAGUGACGUUGUGGGAUUCACUAAGCUGGCGUCUCUCAGCAAACCACUUGAGAUUGUAGAUUUCCUGAACGAUCUCAACGUCGCUUUUGACGAGAUAAUCACACGAUUUGACGUUUACAAGGUCGAGACUGUCGGUGAUGCAUACGUCGUGGUUAGCGGAUGUCCCAAGUUGAACGGCAACAAACACGCUGGAGAGAUCGCGAGCAUGGCUUUGGAACUUCUAAGUCACAUGUUUUUCUUUCGUGUCCGUCAUCUUCCAGAUCAUCAGCUUCAACUCAGAAUUGGAAUACACACAGGUAGCUUGGACUAUGAUCGCCGCCAUCUUUGA